AUGCCGACUCUCGCCCCUACCAACUUCAACAUUAUCGUUAGUGUGCUGGGUGGCUGGAUAUCAGUCUUCGGUCUGGUAUCUUACCUUCUCAAGGAGAAUUUCUAUCUUUCCGAAGCCCUCAUAUCACUCCUGGCUGGCCUCGUCUUCUCUCCCCACGCUGCUAACUUUGUCCGCCCGCUUGAAUAUGCAGGCUCGGAAGAAAACUUAAAUGCGAUCACGCUAUAUUUCACUCGCCUUGUUCUCGGAGUCCAGCUUGUUCUAGCCGGCGUUCAACUACCUAGUCGGUAUUUGAAGAAAGAAUGGAAACCGCUGGCUUUACUUCUAGGGCCGAUCAUGACGGCGAUGUGGAUAAUAACAAGUCUACUCGUCUGGGGCCUAGUGCCAAACUUGCCUUUCCUUCAUGCUCUCGCGAUUGGGGCUUGUGUGACGCCAACCGAUCCUGUACUGUCCAAUGUUAUAGUGAAGGGGAGGUUCGCUGAUCACAAUGUCCCCAAAGACCUCCAGAAGAUCAUCAUCGCGGAGUCUGGAGCUAAUGAUGGCCUCGGAUAUCCCUUCUUAUUUUUUGCCUUAUACCUCAUCAAGUACAUUGGCGACGGUGGCGUAAAUGAGCAAGGGGGUGCCGGCCUUGCUAUAGGCUUAUGGUUUGGAGAGACCUGGGGAUAUACUAUCCUUCUUAGCGUGGUAUACGGCGCGGUCGUUGGCUGGAUCGCUAAGGAGUUGCUUCAUUUCUGUGAAGAACACAAAUUCGUGGAUCGCGAGAGCUUCCUCGUCUUCGCAUUCUCGCUCGCACUCUUCAUUACUGGGACUUGCGGUAUGAUCGGCAGCGAUGAUAUUCUGGCCUGCUUUAUUGCCGGGAACGUUUUUACUUGGGACGACUGGUUCCGCUUGGAAACACUUGAUGAGGUUCACAUGCUUCUCAACGUGACUAUAUUCAUGUGGUAUGGCGCGGUAUGCCCGUGGCAUAGUUUCGUGGCUAAUAGCAUCAUUCCGAUCUACCGCCUGGUCCCACUCGGAAUCUUAAUACUGCUAUUUCGGCGUCUACCAUUUAUCCUAGCAUUCUAUAAAAAAAUCCCUCAGAUAAAUGGUUUCCAACAGGCAGUCUUCAUGGGUUUCUUUGGGCCAAUCGGAUGUUCGGCCAUCUUCUAUCUAUACGUGACGUUAGAAUUCAUCGACACAUUGAACCCUGACGAAGGAAAUGUGGCGAGGUGGGAUGUAGCUCAUCUCAAAGAGAGUGUAUCGGUCUUAGUCUGGUUCAUGGUAAUAUGCAGCGUUGUUGUUCACGGGCUUAGUAUCCCCCUGGGAAAGUUUGGAUUUUACCUCCCUCGAACUAUUUCAAGGACUUUGUCCACAUCUGAGGAUCUACCUUUCCGAAUAGGUGCACGAAUAACUCCACGGAGCCGUUCUAGGGACGGGACAGCGACUCAUACCUCCGCCGACUCUCGCUCCGUAUCUCACACGGGAAUUACGGUGGACGCUACCGAGCUCGUCGAAUCUCGAGAUAAUCUUGAAGCGGGUUCGAAAACUCCGGAGCUAGUAUCAGGAUCGCCCUACAGUACACCGUCACCUACCUUACCUAGCCGCACGAUCCGCUUCCCUGAUGAAGCGUCGUCAGCUAGUAAAGAAUUCCAAGACCCUAAGAGGGAUGCCACAACUACGUCGUGA